AUGCCUCCUCCUGCUCCUUCAUCACCGUCCACACCAUUCUCCUUUUCUGUGAGCCCCGAGAUAGGACGCUGGGUCCGUCUAGGCCUAGGGGGUCUGUGGUGUGCACUAGCAGGCUAUGCUCUAGGCAAUGCUGCUGCUAAUUGGGCUACUAACACUCAGUCCACUACUGGGGAAAAUAAGAAGAAAGAGAAGGCAAUUUCGGGGAGCACUGAGGGCAACCCUAAUGCUAAUGAGAAUGGUCCUUCCGUAAAUACCAAGGGUAUGGAUGUAGCAGUGAACACUGAUGGAUGGUGGGGUAAAUACGUACUAGAUGCAUCAGAUCUAAUGGUGGCAGUAGUGGCUUGUGAAGCCCAUGCUGUUGGGUUUGGUACACUAGACAAUGAUACACAUGUUCCCGCCUCUACUACUCUGGUAUUGCGGUGUAAGUUCCAACCUACUACCACUGUCGGUGGUGGGGACCUAGCAUUCCAAAUAUUCUUCGACCCUGCUGAUAGUUAUCUAAGGUUUAUAUCCAAGUUUGACCUAGCCUCUGCUGACUUGUCUGAUGAA